GUUAAAUAUAUAUUUUUGACUAAAUUUAGAAAUGCUGGAUUUUUUAAUUGAUUUGCAGAUUUCUUGAGAUAAUUCUAGUUUUUCUGACUUUGCGGUAUCAAUUACCGAAGAAAUAUUGUUUAUUAAAAACAAAGUAAAAUAAAUCUUGUUUCUAAAAAAAAUUAAUACAGUAACAUUCUGUUGAUAGUGUGACAUGAAUGUAGAAUUUUUAUAUAUAUUGAUUUUAUGUUGAGAUUUGCAUUUUAUUUCAUAUUGUAGGUCCUUUACUAAAUAUUGUUGGUGCAUAAUGCUAUAUAUUUUUUUAUCAAAAUGAAGUUCAGAGACAAAAUAUUAUCCUUUUUAUUACUGAUGUCGGCAUCCAUCUGCCAAUGUGCAGACCACUUUCAAGAAACAAUUCUGGGUGCUGUUGGUGGUGGAAAUUAUUCAUACUAUUGGUUGCCCCAACCAGGUACUGUAUUACUUCAGCUUCAUACUAUUGAAGGUGAUGCUGAUCUGUAUGUGUCUUCUAAAAACUUGAAACCAACAUUUGAUAUUGAAAAUCAUGAUCUCCAGUCAACUACAUGUGGGUCUGAACAGGUUAAAGUUCCAGCUAAUUAUGAACGUCCAGUAUCAAUUGCAGUGUAUGGACACCCUUCUCAUGAAAUUAGUUUAUAUGAAUUGAAAAUUGACGUUUAUGAUUCAGUGGAUGAAUCAGAUGCAAUUUAUGAAGAAUUAAAUUCUGACGAGUCAAAAACUACACAUUUUAAUAAGCCAAAUGCUGUUCCAAAUAUACCUAUAAAAGAUGAUCCAGAUUAUGAGGAAAGAUCAGUUUUUUGGACAUUACUGCUACAUAUUUUACAAGUUCUUCUUGAUCUUUUAGUUGAUUGAAAAGUUGAAACUUGCGUUUAUCUAUUAAAAGAAUAUCGAGCUUUUAAAGAAAAAUGAUUAAGAAAUUGAAAAUAUUUGUUUUGUUAUUUGACAUUAAUUUCAAGGCAUGUAUUGGAGGUGAAAAUUGUUAAAUUUUUCUUGAUUCGGAAAGUGAAAAAAUUGCCUCUACUAGAUAUUUGCCUGAAAUCAAUUAAUAUCAUGUUUGUAAAUUAUUCGACCAACUGGGCACUGGUUCUGAUUAAAUAACUCUGAGAAAUAAUCUUUGUAAAGAUUUAAUUAUAAUAUUUUUAAUCUUAAUACAAAUAAAAAUGAACAAGUUUCUUUGGAAUUGCACAUGAUCCCCUUGGUGAGUUAGAAGUAAUUUAUAUUUUCUACUACAAAUGAUUUUGUUUCUUUUGUGAAGUGUAUAUCUUUUGUUUGGAAAAUUUUAGUGUGCCUGAGAAAGUUUACCAAUUUUCUGAAAUACUGUAAGGUUCUUCCAAAUAAAGAAUCAACAAUUUAUUGGAUUCUUUAUUAUUUGCAAUACAUCCAUAUAUAAUAAGUAUGACUCCAGCAUAAAGUAUUGUGUGCUGUAGAAAAAUUAUGGUACAUUUCAUUAUUGUGAGAUUUACUUACAUUAAACAUAUGAAAAUGUCAUUUGAUAUUUAUAAGUACAAUAUAUUUCUUGGAAUAGAAGUCUUGCCUUAUAACGAUCCUCCUAAUAUAAUGGGCUGCAAAUAAGGUCCCUUCCAUUGUGCUAAUUAUCAUGUAGAAUAGCAGCUCUUAUAUAGUUAAUAGAGUGCCCAUUUUUGGCAUUUCUUGGUCGUUAUAAUGUGAGCUUAUUACAUGUGAAUUUUUAAACAAGAUGUAUUUCUGCAUCGUAAUAGUUCAAUUGCUAUGUAAUUUUUUUUUACAUGGCACAUUAGUUAAAUUACAUAAAUUUUUUUUGUAAAUAUUUAGCAUAUUGAGUAUCUAAUAAAAAUUUAAAUUUUCAUGUAUUAAAAAAUCUAUAAAGAAUUAAAUCUUUUAAAAUUAGCAACAUAUGUCACCUUUUUUUAAAAAAAUAUUUAUACUCAUUAGAUAAACUAUGUGAUUCUUUUAUAGUUUGAAUGUGCUUUUGUGAUUGUAAUCUCUUUAAUAAUACACAAGAGAAUGUUCUUAAUCUGAAUUUGAAAUUUUUUUGCAAAGAAAUGCCUGCAUUUUAAUAUCACUAUAUUGGUAUAGUUUACAAAACUGUUUUGGUGGAAAAUUUAAGACUGCACAGUAAAAGAAUAGAAAAACAACAUCUAGAAAAGGAAAUUUAUUGACGAUAUUAUACUAAGGAAAUAAUUGAAGCAGAAGAAACCCAUCUCCAUUAUUAUUAUAGAGACAAAAUAUGCUUUCUAUUCAUAUUUGUUAUCCAUAUUUUAUACACUGUACUAUAUAAACAAGUAGUUUAGUUGAUACACGAGUUUUACCAUUAUAGCAUUUUUACACAUACUGAAUUAAUAAAUCUGUACAAAAAUAA